CAGAGUCACAAGAUUAUGUGCGGGCGAAAAAAAAAUACUGUUCUGUACUGCCCUCCUCCGGUCUAGACAGAUCAAUUGAGUCUGCGCUUCAGGGAAAAAUGAGUGAAUCACUGGUUGUGUGUGACGUUGAUGGAGACCUAGUGAAAAAGCUACGGGAAUUCCGCUUCCGGAAGGAGACUAACAAUGCUGCUAUCAUCAUGAAGAUUGACAAGGACAAGCAGCUUGUCAUCCUUGAUGAAGAACAUGAGGAUAUUUCUCCUGAUGAUCUGAAGGAUGAGCUGCCUGAAAGACAGCCCAGAUUUGUGGUGUACAGCUACAAGUACGAACAUGACGACGGGAGAGUCUCUUACCCUCUCUGUUUCAUCUUCUCCAGUCCAGUGGGAUGUAAACCCGAGCAACAGAUGAUGUACGCCGGAAGCAAAAACAAACUGGUGCAAACUGUCCAGUUGACCAAGGUGUUUGAGAUCAGAAACACGGAGGACCUGACAGAGGAAUGGCUGAGAGAGAAGCUGGGCUUCUUCGGUUAAGAUCGGGCCGUUUUGGUGAUCUAAUGGACUGAAGGGUUUAGAGGAGGAACGAGACACUUGGAAAGAAAACUACACCAUUCCUUACAUUUCCCUUUCUCCUGUUUCCCUCCUCCGAUGUACCUAUUCCCAUACAACCCCCCCCCCCCCUCAACAUGUGCCAGCUUCCUGUGUCCUUAAUGAAAUUAACACUACCACUCCUUCUGAGAUGGACAGAGCUUUCCUUGUCCUACACAAGCAAAAUUCAAGGGAAAUUGAAAGGAAUUGUCACGGUGGCAAUUUCAUUUGAGUUUUGCUCGUUUAGUAAUAAUUAAUAAUUACAUAAUUAUGACCUGAUAGAUUAGAUUCUAACCAUGUUUUAUUUUUAUUUUACUGGAAUCAAAAGGAUAGUUCUGAUAGUAAGAGGUGAUCUGUGAUUUGGGGAGCUGUUUAUUGUUUUUAUUAAGUCAUAAAUAUAUGACUUGUGGGAGGACGCUGGGUUGUGUAGAUACAAUACUGCUUUGAUUCUUCUUUAUACAUUUUCAAGAUGGAAUUGCCUCCAGGCUUGAAGCACUUUUGACCUUAAAUCACACAAUCAUACAUUGAAUUUGGAUGUAAAAUUAAUGGCUAUGUUGUGUGUACUUUCUCCCUCUGCUUGGAAAGGUAGAUCAGUAUAAAGAAAUACAUUCGUUUCUUACAAUAUUCACUCACUGAUUGAAGUUUAUAUGACACCAUAUGAUAACAAAGAAUAUUAAUCCAAAUUACAAUACUGAAAAAAGGACAGCUUAAAAUACAAUUCACCAUCUUGUUUCUGGAUCUAUGUAUUCUUAUUGCAGUUGAUCCCCUGGGAAAAGGAAUCAUUGAUGCUCUUGGUCGAUAAGUAACAUUUUAAGAGCCUGCAGCUAACAUCCUUGAGAGUGUUUCUGAGUGACACAAAGGACAGUUGGUUAUCUCUGUUCAUCUUUGUUUUAGAGUAGAAUCAUUGUGAUUCUCAGUGAGACUUUGCAGUGAGGUCAUGGUACACUAUUCCCUACAUAGUGCACUACUUUUGGUCAUGCGCUAUAUAUGGAAUAGGGUGCCAUUUGGGACAGAGUUUUACCAUUGAACUGUGUCCUUCAAAGUGGAGCACCUGUUUCGCCUACAAAGAUUUUCAUUGAUACAUUCAUGAAAGAAACCUCGUGUUUUUAUUUAUACCCUGAUGAAGACAGCUUGUCUGUCGAAACGUUGGACAUAAAACAUUUUUUUUUUUGCAUCUGAGCUGGAGUUUGCGGCUCUCCUUCAUUAUCUUAUUUAUAGGUGUGCGUUAGUUUCGCGGCGAGAACAUUCUUGAAAGAAACCUGGUGUUUGAUUCAGGACCAGUUUGUCAGACGUAGAUUAAUCAUCCUAGUCCUUUUCAAUAACGACUCAUUUAAUGUGUGUCUGGGGAAACCGACCCUAGAAGCAUCAGUCUGUGUCCCAACCUUGGACAGAUGUGAAUACACUGGGAGAUUAGAGAAUCAUCUUUUUGCCUUUUUAAAUCUUUUAUUUUAGCAGGCGUAAAAAAUAAACUUGAAGGGCCGGUUUCCUGGGCACAAAGUAAGGCUAGUCCUGGACAUAAAAAAAAAUUUUUUUAAAAAACUUUUGCCCAUGCCUGUUAGUCCAGGACAAGUCUUAAUCUACAGUAUGUUUGAGAAACCACCCUAAAAAUAUAGUGUAUUACGUCUAAACUGGUAAUAUGCCUUAAGGCUGUCUCUCUUUCCAUCAAGAGUAUUCUUCUGAUGUAAACAAACAAUGUGUACAUCCCAAGUUACACUCUUUCCCCCUGUAUAGUGCACUAUGGGACUGUGGUCAAAAGUAGUGCACUAUAUAGGGAAUAGGGUGCCAUUUGGGAUGUACAUUAUGACAUGUCUUCCCAUCUGCUGAAACGUGACAAAAAGCAAAAAUAAGACUACAGCUUUAAACAUAGUCCGUAUAUCUGAACUGUUCUGGAACAUUCCUGUUUUUACUCUGAAUUGUGCAAUCGGCUGGUGUCAAUGUGAAAAAUGAAAAUGCUUAAUAAUCUGUUCUUUAAAAAAAGAUAUAUAUAUAUAUAACUUUGAUGUGGUAAGCUACUUUCAUAUACAAGUGCAUGCUUUCGUCAGUGUGUCUUUUGUCCCGACAGUUUUGCGUUGUGACAUCAAACAACAACAAAAAACAAUCCCAAACAAACCUUCAAUAGUGUGCCAGUAUGUACUGCAUGUUCUUUGUUUUACACCGUGAAUGUAUCCUCCAAUAAUGAAUUUUAAAAAUUGGCGUACUUUAGUUGACACAAGCAAUAUUAUAGAGAACAUGCAUGCAAAUGGCAAUCCAAGGGGGAAAUUGCUGACCGUGUGUUAAGGUUAAACACUACAGUAGUUUGAUAAUUAUCAACAUGUUUUUUUGUUUGUUGAUAAUAUGGAAUGUAUUCCAAAUGGCACACUAUUCCCUUUUUAUAGUGCACUUCUUAGUCCUAUGGUUUUAUAGUGCACUAUGAAGGGAAUAGACUGCCAUUUGGAACUGAUACAUGGAGAUAAUCAGCCUUGGGAAGAAUUCUUCAACCUGCAUUCAUGAAUAAGAUAUAGCUAUAUCCGUGUAAAAUCAUGUGGCUUAUUAAGUGUCUUGAUCGCUCUGAAUUGAUGUAUUUUUCCUAUAAUAGUUCUGUACUUUCUCAGAUCAACAGCUUUUAUUACAUUUUUUCUUAACCAAAACAGCGUCUCAAACAUGUAACAUAUUCAGCUACCCAAUGGUGUGAGUGAAACUUGUGAAAUAUUUGUAUUUUUCCAUGCUUUAUACACUUGUCCCAAUAAAACAAAACAAAAAUAUG